GCGCCGAGCGCGGCCCGGCCAGCGCAGCUUCAGCCCGGAGCGAGGGCUGGAGGUGGGUGGUCCGCUCGUCUGGCUGUUGUCAUGCUGGCCGACGGUGCUGCCCAUCCCGCGGGGGCAGGAUGAGCGGCGGGCCUGGAGACGCGCCGGCCAAGCGCGACCUGUGGGGGCCCCUGCACCGCGGAGCCGCGACCUGCGGCUGCGGAAAUUCAGAACGUCCAACACCAAAGUAUACGAAAGUUGGAGAGCGUUUACGGCAUGUCAUUCCUGGACAUGUGGCCUGCUCUAUGGCAUGUGGUGGCAGAGCAUGCAAAUAUGAAAACCCAGCCCGCUGGAGCGAACAAGAGCAAGCCAUCAAAGGGGUCUACUCAUCCUGGGUAACUGACAACAUCCUGGCCAUGGCUCGCCCAUCCACCGAGCUCCUCCAGAAGUACUGUGUCAUCGAGCAGUUCCAAAGCCAUGGCAUAAAAACAGUCAUCAACCUGCAGCGCCCUGGGGAGCAUGCCAGCUGUGGGAACCCUCUGGAACAGGAGAGUGGCUUUACGUACCUUCCUGAAGCUUUCAUGGAAGCUGGCAUCUAUUUCUACAAUUUCGGAUGGAAGGAUUAUGGGGUAGCAUCUCUUACUACCCUCUUAGAUAUGGUGAAGGUGAUGACAUUUGCCUUAGAAGAAGGAAAAGUGGCUAUCCAUUGUCACGCAGGCCUUGGUCGGACAGCGGCUUGUGAUGGGCAGCUGCACGCAGAUGGUGUCUCUGAUUCUUGUCCUGACUCUGUGAAGGAAGCUCUGCGCUGUGGGCUCCUCUAUGGCAAGGUCACGCUGGAGUGA